UUAUUUUUCGUCUUCAUAUUCUACUUCUCUUUUUACAUAAUGUCUGCCCAACACGCUGCUAAGAAGACCCUUUGGCAAAUUUGGUUCAAGCCUGAAAUCGUCCCCAUCUACGCUGUUGUUGGUGGAGCCGUCGGUCUCGCUGGCUGGUACCUGAACCGUCUCGCUCACGGCACUGAGGUCGUCUGGGCACGAAAGAGCAACCCCUACCCUUGGCAACACGUUGACCAGGAUACCCAGGUCAAGUGGAUGACUGUCAACCAAAAGUUUGACAAGACUUACGCUCGCGACCGCUUGUAAAGCACUUCCUCUCAUUCAUCCCGGUCUGUCACUUUUUCUUUCAAAAUACUUACAACCAGCCAGCACCCUAUACAUAUAUACCGAUAUUGGUUUCCAUACGGCAUCAACUAGAUCCUAUUCCUAGACACUAGAUUAGACUAGAAAUCUCAAGUUCCCUAUCUUUUUCCUUUUUACGAGUCCCAAGAUUUUCAAUACAAUAUUGUUUCAAACAAAAGAAACCCUGCCUGCGCACAGACUUUGACUUUUAUCGUCCCAUUUUUUGUGUCGAUCCUUGCCCCUUUAAACAUCAUUUGUGCUCAAUACGCUUGAGUGAACGUGCGUUCUUCCCGAGACAUUCAAUGAAACUCCUUUUCCUCCGCUUCAA